AUGCAGUCAGCAGAGGGGAUCUGUUUAAAAAGUGAUGGUAAAUCCGAUUGCUGUUUAGGUUUCCAUUUAGUUCACGGUAGUUGCCAAAAGUGUCCAGAUGGAAAGUUUGGAGCCGACUGUAAGGAAUCCUGUCCAGAAGGGAGGUAUGGAGCACAGUGUGCAGAAGAAUGCACGUGUCCACCGGAUGUUUGUAAGAAGUACAAUGGAUGUCCCAAAACUGAACUUAUGGUUUCUGAUGUAAUCGUUACAGAAACACCUUCUUCAUCUUUAUCGCUCUCUACCUUAAUGUCUUCACCACAACAACAUUCCUCUUCCUCACAGUCCUCAAUGUCCACACCAAUAUCAACAGUAUCUGGUACUUUGAUUGCAAGAAGUACCAAAGACUUACCUGUACAUUCAUCUCUACCCCAUCUUAUAAUCCCGACUCAAGAGGUUGCUACUAGCAGUGACAUGAAGUUAGUUAUAGGAAUGGGAGCAGGAAUGGGUCUGCUUCUGAUAGUUAUCCUUGUGUUAGUGGCGCAAAGAUUUCUGAGUAAGAAAUCGAGACGAUACGGUUCAACAAAACAUGUCGAAUGCAAGCCUUUUGGGGAAAGAAAUUUAUCUGCAGUAUAUCAAGAAAUUAAUUACGAUUUAAUAGAAGAGACAGCGAUUGUGAAAAAAUCAAGUAAAGAAUACAAACAAUACCAUGUGAUUAAGGAAGGAAGCGGCACCAGACCAAGAUAUGAAGGGAUCCAAACAUGCGACUUAAAUUCUGAUCUCAGCUCGUCAACGUACCUCGAACCACCUGAUAUCCAACCAUCUCUGGAAGCUCACGGAGAGCCCUUAACUGGAGAAAAGAAAAAUUCCUAUGUAGAAGUAAUUGAACAAUCAAUUCAUAGUGGCAACAUGUUUCCUGUUUCCGAAUACAAGAAUGAAAAUCCCUUAUUGAAUGGUGAGCAUGAUUCUACUGAGUGUGAAAAUACCACUGCCCUAUACAGCGAUACGGUAAAUGUUGAAGCUGCAAUAAAGACAGUCACAAAAAAGGACCCUGCUUAUCUUGAUGUUAUCAACAUUUAAAACAUAAAAUAACAUUUUAUUUUUUU